UUGUCCAGGUUAACACUGGAAGUUCUCCAAAGAGGAGGCAUGGAGACGUGACGGAUAUGGAUCCCACUUUCAGAAGCUAUUACUGAUUAGCAAACUAGUCAUCUAUUAUUCCACAAGUUUGUGUGUGUUUGCGUUGGCUUACAAAAUCUUGUUUAUCAGGGUGUGUCUUUAUGGAUGUGUCCAGGUAGGUUAAAAUGGCUUUGUGGGGUUUAAAAGCAGGUGUGCAUUAGUCGGUGCUCCCUCAGAAUGGGAGAUGAGAGCAGCCAUCUCAUUUGCUGAUCAGAUCACGGACAGAUUAUCAGCCUAAAGGAGCAUUAGAAGAAGUCGAGCUCUGAGGUGUCUGAAUAGCAUGUUCUGAACAGUCUUAGCAUGUGUGAAUACAGCGAAGAACUGGUGGGAAAGAAGCAAGAAGGCAACUGUUGAUGGUGGACUUUAUUCCAAACUAGUUGUUUGGAUUUGCCCUUCCUUUUGCACUUAAGAUUGAUAGAAUCUCAGCACAACACAUGCGCAGCGCAGUAGAGCUGAUAUCACGACUGUAACUUCAACCAGAAGAUAGCGUUCUCUGCUUGAACUGAUACUGAAACUGGAUAACGUCAUCUCUGAUUCUGAUUGAACGUGUUGGUGGACCCAUUUGCGCUACAAUGUAUGUGCUGUGCACACUGGUGUUGCUGUCUCUCCACAACCUGUUUAGGAGACCCAGGGUCUUGGAACCCUCUGUACCCAAGGCUAUCGAGGGUCCUCCUGAGCAGCACAGACCAGAGGAAGCCAAACUGGGACGCAAGAAGAGGAACAAGCACACCUUGCAUGAAGGUUCUGGACCUCUAGAGUCAUCAGGAGCCCAUGACUUUGAAAGAUGCCUAGAUGGACCCAGUAGAGCAAGUAAAAGAAGAUCCGUUCACUUGGAUAAUGUGCACAAGAGGAAGAAGAGAGCACAGCCGGUCCAGCGGUGUGGUCUGCUCGGCCCUGUGGUCAUGUACAGCACACGAAAGACCUGGGACGUCGGCCACACCCCCUGCCUGCAGGAGCUCUGGAACGAAGACCUCUCAUUGGAUGUUUCAGCAAGUUCCGUGGAUAUCCUGAUGAGUGAUGGUGAGGAGGAGAGCUCCUUCCUCUCGUUGCCUAACUCUGUCCUUCAGCGCCACUGUUUGACCUCUGACCUCUCUGAAGCGGCCACCUCAGAACAGCAGCAGCUGCUCAUACAGACACUGCAAGAGAGAGUCUGUGAGUUCCAGGCACGUUUGCGCAGUGAAGACUCUGCCAAAAGACUCCUGCUACAGCGACUGCAGACACACGACCACCAGCUCAACCAAGACAACCACCUGAACGAGGAACAUUCAUCCAUUAACCAAGAACCUCAAGAGCAGCUCAGACUGCAGGACAGCCAGCUCAACCAAGCUGUGUCACCUACAGGUGUGAGGAGCUCUAGUGUUUUGACACAGAGGCCUGUGAGUAAAGUUCCCUCACAGGAGCAACUGCAAAAAGGCGAGGGAGAACAACUCACUCUUAUUACAGGGCUGCGCACACAGGUCAGGGAGCUGGAGGAGAAACUAGUGGAUCAGACGCAGGAGGUGGAGAGACUGCGCUCUGAGCUGGGGGCGACAGAUCUGGAGAAACAGCUCGAGGUGCUGGAGAGUGAGAACCAGCGGCUAAAACAGGAGCUGAGGGCCAGUCAGUCCCAGACCACCUGCUCGACCGGCCACUGCCACCAGAGCCAGGAUGUGGAGGCCCUGCGUGGAGAGCUGUGUCGUAAGGACGAGGAGUGCCGCGAGCAGGAGCGGCGACUGGCUGCGCUGGAGCAGCAGGUGCAGGAGAGGACUGGUGUGAUAGUUCAGCUGCAGCAGCAGUUAGAGGAGGCAGCACAGCGCAGACAGGAGCUCCAGCUGCUUCGUGAUGGUGAGGAGACUCUGUCUCGCCAGGCUGCUCUGCCGCUGCAGGUCAAGUAUGUGACCAAGACGGUUGAAGUGGAGUCAGCCCAGAGUAAGCAGGCUUUAAUAGAGGCCCAGGCCCAUAACCAGGCACUGCAGGAGCAGCUGAGUGUUCAGAGGCAGCUCCUCAGAGAGCUGGAGCAGCAGCUCCACGAGUCCCAGAGAAGCAGCAGUCAGCUCCGCCAGCAGAUCCUGGUGUAUGAAGGUGAGAUGGAGAGAGCUCAGGGUCAGCUGGAAGCAGAGAUGCAGAGUCUGGAGGAGGAGAAGAACCGAGUGAUCGAGGAAGCUUUCAUCAGAGCCGAGAGUGAGAUGAAGGCCGUCCACGAGAACCUAGCAGGUGUGCGGAUGAACCUCCUGACGCUGCAGCCGGCCCUGAGGACCCUCACCUGUGAUUACAACUGUCUGAAGAGACAGGUGCAGGACUUCCCUUACAUGCUGGAGAAAGCCAUCACCGAGGCAAAGCAGGAGAUCUGUCAGGUGAUUGGAGAGGUGAGCAGUGCAAACCAAGAGCUGCUGCGCAAAUACAAGCGGGAGAUGAACCUGAGGAAGAAAUGCCACAAUGAACUGGUGCGCCUCAAAGGAAACAUUCGUGUGUUGUGCCGAGUACGUCCCGUAUGUGCUGGAGAAACAGACGCUGCUGACACCAAAAACAAAGUGACCUUUGACCCUGAUGAUGAUGCUGUUCUCUACUUGUCCAAUAAGGGCAAGCUCAUGACCUUUGAACUUGACAAAGUCUUUCCCACUCAGGCCACUCAGGAGGAGGUGUUCCAGGAAGUGCAGUCUCUGGUCACUUCCUGUAUUGAUGGCUUUAACGUAUGCAUCUUUGCCUAUGGGCAGACCGGCUCUGGAAAGACCUAUACUAUGGAGGGUGUCCCUGAAGACCCUGGCAUCAACCAGCGUGCUCUGCGGCUGCUCUUCUCUGAAGUGUCUGAGAAGAAGCCUGACUGGGACUAUAAGAUCACCGUCAGCAUGGUGGAAAUCUACAACGAGACACUUCGGAAUCUGUUGGGCGACAAUCCCAGUGAGAAGCUGGAUAUAAAGAUGUGUCCAGACGGCAGCGGACAGCUGUAUGUGCCAGGACUCACGGAGUUCACCGUGGAGAGCGUGGAGGACAUUAACAAGGUGUUUGACCUGGGUCACAUGAACAGGGCGACAGCGUGCACUAAUCUAAACGAGCACAGCUCUCGCUCUCACGCUCUGCUGAUCGUCACAGUGGCAGGUUUCAACUCUUCCACGGGCCACCGUACCUCAGGUAAGCUCAAUCUGGUGGAUCUGGCUGGUUCCGAGCGGAUCACCAAAUCCGGCGCUGAGGGCAGCCGUCUGCGCGAGGCUCAGUGUAUCAACAAAUCACUGUCUGCGCUGGGCGACGUCAUCAACGCCCUGCGCUCCAAACACUCGCACGUGCCCUUCAGGAACUCACGUCUCACGUACCUGCUGCAGGACUCGCUCAGCGGCGACAGCAAGACCCUCAUGAUGGUGCAGGUGUCUCCUCUAGAGAGUAACGUCAGUGAGUCGGUUUGCUCUCUGAAGUUCGCUCAGCGUGUUCGGUCUGUUGAGAUCGGGCCCUCGUCUUCCUCACGCCGCCAAGCAGAGAGCUCCUCUACAUCCUCCUCUCCAACUCAUGACGGCGUGGAGCUGGAUUCUCCGCCCGUGACCCCUGUGCCGCUCCCCAUCUCAAGGGCUAGCAGUGCAAGUUCAGCCCUCUCCUCCACCUCUAAAACCCCCACAACCCGACGGAGAUCCCACAGUCAGCUGUCCACAGAUAGACAGGUAGACAGAAGCAGCCCAUUGGUUGGGGACAGUGGGCAGGACGAACGAAGUUGAUGGCGUGAGGAAAACCUCUUGACCAAUCAGCUCCUUUCUUGAAUGAACCAAUGGAAGACUUUGAUUGCUGCAGGGGAGAAGCUUAACUGGCAAAUCAGGGUUGAUGUUGGGAACUAUGAUGGCUGAAGUGAGGUUCCUUUUGAUCAGAAUGACUUGAUGUAUUUUUACAGUGACGAUACGUGAUUGAAACCGGUCAACACUCCCGCUGACCUCUCGACAACACCUGCUGCCUCAGGAUGAGAAGAUACUUCUGUUAUGGCAAAGUAUUUCUGGACAAUAACGCACUUUAGUCUAGUCUAGGCUGUCAUUUGUAAUGUUAAUGUUAUGUAAAUGCAAUUGGUUUCUAGAAGCUUGAAUGUACAUGUAUGUAUAUAUUCAUGUGUCUGAGCAAGAUUUUAAUUUUUAUUCCUUGAUCUUGAAGAGAUUGCUUUUCUUUUUCUUUUUCUUUUAUUUUAUGCAAGAACAAGUAAAAAUUUCACAACCCAUAAGCUUUGAACAAUUCUGUGUUUCAUAGUGGCAAUAAGAAAUAAUGCAAAUGUUGAAAUCUCAGUAGCAUUUUGUGUUUUUGUACAGUAUAUAGAAACUUGAAGGCUGUUGAAAGCCGGACCGUCUUCCUGAUCCAUGCAUGCGUUCAGUGCUCAGUUUUUGUGCAGUGCAGUCAAACCAUGAUGGUAUACAGUGUUUGCUAAACAGGGCGAGGACUAGAUCUGUAUAUAGAGGUGCAUUCCAUGUGACCCCACACUGACACAACACUACUAACGCUCAUCUGGAACUGUUUCUGGGGGCUUGCUUGCUUGAUUGUAUUUACAUUGGUGUAGGUUUGUAUGCAGUUUUGUUUUUGUACAUUGUUUUUAAUAAAUGCUCCAAACCAAAAUUUGGGCGAAAUUA